AUGUAUUUUUUAUUCGCCUUUAAUUCAAUCAAAAUCAAAUCAUCCGACGUGUUUUAUUCAAUUUUUCUCCCUUAUUUCGUCAUUUGCCAAAAAAGUUUUGAUGUGUUUCUGCCCUUUUAUGUAAUUCUUCUUUUUCUUUUCUCCACUCUCCUAUUUCCUUUUCUUUCUCUUUUUCUUACCUUUCUUUUUCCUUCCAUCUAUCUUUUCUCCCCACACUCCUAUUUUUUAUUUCUUCUUUCGCUUCUUCUCAACUCUCCAAUUUUCUCUUUUUCUUCCCCUUACCCUCAUAUAUUCAUUUCUUCUUCUUUUCCUUGUCCUUCUCUUUCGUCCCUUCUUCUUUUUAUAUUUUCCUCAUUUUUUAUUUUUCUUCUUUUUUCUUUUCCCCUUCUUUUUCCCUCUUCUUCUUCUUCUUCUUCUUCUUCUUCUUCUUUUCGCUCCACUUUCCUAUUUUCAUUCCUUCUUUUCCUUAUUCUUCUUUUUCUCCUUACUUCUUUCUUUUUUCCUCACUCCCAUAUUUUCAUUGCCUUUCUUUCUUUCUUUCUUUCUUUCUUUCUUUCUUUCUUUCUUCUUCUUCUUCUUCUUCUUCUGUAUUCUUCUUCUUCUUUCUUCUUUUCUUUUCUUUUCUUUUUGUACUUUCUUUUCUCCUCACUAACUCCUAUUUUUAAUUUCUUUUUCUUUCUCUUUUUCUCUUCCUUCUUUCUCCAUUUUUUCCUUCUUCUUCUUUCUUUCCUUCCUAUUUUCAUUUCCUUUUUCAUUUCAACUUCCUCCUUUUUUUUCUUUUUUCUUAUCCUUCUUUGA